AUGUGGAACGACGAGGACAACAAUCCCUACGGCACCAGCUUUGCCCGGGCCGACCUGUCGCCUACGGGCCAUCCAUCAUCUCCCGAGUCCCAAGGAUAUCCCCGCUACGAUACCCCUGCGACACCCACAUCGACGACCGACAGCGAACCCAUCCAAGACACCCUCGGGAGAAAUGCGGAGAGCGAUGAAGAGGACGCGGCGCGGGAUCUCGGGGAGAUGGCUCCGAGGAGAAAGCCGGGAGGCUACGACAGCCGCAUCGAGCAGAUCCUCUACGAGAAUCCCGAGCUGCCCAUACUCAUCACGGACGCAGGAAAAAGUCCCGAUAGCGGUGGCCGGUAUAUUGUUUACACUAUCCGAACCGAUGACCUCGAGGCUGCACCCGACGCUCGUCAUCCCCCGAUCCCCGAGAAGCAUACGAUGGCGGACUAUGCGGCGAACCCCACCAACGCUAAGCAAGACCAAGCAAUCAUCGAUUUGCGCAAGAGGAUGUUGGCCGUGUUUCUGAACCGCUGCCGUAGGAUGGAACAAGUGAGGACUGACGGCGUCUGGUGGCGCUUCCUGGACCCUAAUGCUAGUUGGAGUGAGGUCCUAAACUCCCAUCCUAUUGCCCCAUUCCUACCUUCCCAUUCCCGCGAGCUCGUCAAGGUUGAAGUCCGGCACAGCAAACGCCAGCCCGACCCAGGAGUUCGAUCCGUACUCCGGAGAGAAUUGGAGCAGCUCCUCACGGGCCCUAUCGAAAAGGUUAACCGGAGAACUCUUAGCCACCUUUCAUCACUAGCCGCCGAUCUUUGCGAACUCGGGUCUCGUUUUAACGCCUUUGCGCUUUCAGAGCAGUCCCAAACUCUUGGCGCCGCGAUCGAACGCAUCGGCCAGGCCGCAGAUUCCUCGUAUAUUGCGACCGAGGAGCUCUCAAGCACUUUGGGAGCCAACUUUGCAGAGCCCAUGCGUGAGAAUGCGCAGUUUGCGGGUGUCGUCAAGAACGUGCUCCGGUACCGGGUUCUCAAGCGAGUCCAACAAGACAUGACUACUGACGAGUUGAACAAGAAGAGGGCCCUUCUUGACCAGCUCGAGCACAGCGAGGCCGAGGCUAGGAGGAUCGAGCAAUACCUAAGCGGCAGCCAAACCAUCACCUCUCCCCCGGCGACAAUCCGCGACCCAGGACCACGCGGCGCGACACUCGCGGGAAGUGCCCCAGUGCACAAGAAGAUGCCCAGCGGCAACUCCAUCACGAACAAAAUCUUUGGGCCCAUCCGGCACGCGAUCCAGGGCGUAGCCGAUGUGGAUCCAGAGAGGACGCGACGUGACCUGAUUGGAAAGACGAGGGAGAGUAUUGGGCAUCUCGAGCAGGCGCAGGUCGCGUCAGCACAGGAUGUCAAGGAUGCUAGUGCAAGCACGUUGCAGGAUCUCAAAAGGUUCCAGCGCGAAAAGGAGGACGACCUCCGGCGGUACAUGCUGGCGUAUGCGAGGAGCCAGGUAGAAUGGGCAAAGAAGAACAAGGAGACGUGGGAAGAGGCACGGGAUGAGGUGGAUAAGAUUGAGAUGGACUAA